AUGGCGGGGAGGGGGAGCCUGGGCACAGACACGGAGGAGCGACUGGUUGAGUAUCUGCUGGACCCUGCCCGCUAUAACAAGCUGAUCCGGCCGGCGACCAAUGGCUCUGAGCUGGUGACUGUGCAGCUGAUGGUGUCGCUAGCGCAGCUCAUCAGCGUGCAUGAGCGGGAGCAGAUCAUGACCACGAACGUCUGGCUGACCCAGGAGUGGGAGGAUUAUCGCCUCACGUGGAAGCCUGAGGACUUUGACAACAUGAAGAAGGUUCGCCUGCCCUCCAAGCACAUCUGGCUGCCUGAUGUGGUGCUCUACAACAACGCCGAUGGGAUGUACGAGGUCUCCUUUUACUCCAACGCUGUCAUCUCCUAUGAUGGCAGCAUCUUCUGGCUGCCGCCUGCCAUCUACAAGAGCGCGUGCAAGAUUGAGGUGAAGCACUUCCCCUUUGACCAGCAGAACUGCACCAUGAAGUUCCGUUCCUGGACCUACGACCGCACCGAGAUUGACCUGGUGCUGAAGAGUGAGGUGGCCAGCCUGGAUGACUUCACACCCAGCGGCGAGUGGGACAUUGUGGCACUGCCAGGCCGGCGCAAUGAGAACCCUGAUGACUCCACCUAUGUGGACAUCACGUACGACUUCAUCAUUCGGCGUAAGCCGCUCUUCUACACCAUCAACCUCAUCAUCCCCUGCAUCCUCAUCACCUCCCUGGCAAUCCUGGUGUUUUACCUCCCGUCUGACUGUGGCGAGAAGAUGACACUCUGCAUCUCUGUCCUGCUCGCCCUCACCGUCUUUCUCCUGCUCAUCUCCAAGAUCGUGCCACCCACCUCACUGGACGUACCCCUGGUGGGCAAGUAUCUUAUGUUCACCAUGGUGCUGGUGACCUUCUCCAUCGUCACCAGCGUCUGUGUCCUCAACGUGCACCACCGCUCGCCCACCACACACACCAUGCCGCCCUGGGUCCGCACCCUCUUCCUGCACAAGCUCCCAGCGCUGCUCUUCAUGAAGCAGCCGCGGCAGAGCUGCGCGCGCCAGCGCCUGCGCCAGCGCCGGCACACCCAGGAGCGCGCCGCCGCCGCCCUCUUCGUCCAGGCUGGCGCUCGCACCUGCACCUGCUAUGCCAACCCUGGUGCUGCCAAGGCUGAGGGGCUCAACGGCUACCGGGAGGGGCAGGGGCAGGGGGCGGCCCCGGCCGCCGGCUGCAACUGCGGGCUGGAGGAAGCGGUGGAUGGUGUGCGCUUCAUUGCCGACCACAUGCGCAGUGAGGAUGACGAUCAGAGCGUGAGCGAGGACUGGAAGUAUGUGGCCAUGGUCAUCGACCGCCUCUUCUUGUGGAUCUUCGUCUUCGUCUGUGUCUUUGGCACCAUUGGCAUGUUCCUGCAGCCCCUCUUCCAGAACUACACCACCAACUCCCUGCUGCAGCUUGGCCAGGGCACCCCCACCUCCAAAUAGCCUGGGGAAUGGCUGGUCCCAGGGCCAGAGAGCUGGGUACUGGGCUCAGGCAGCCCCUGCAAACCAAUAAAUACUCACA